UACUUAUUAAUAUUCACCUAGCUAUCGGGAAAUUUAGUACAUAUUAUUUCGGUUCCAAGUUUUGGUUUAACAAAAAAAAAAAAUACAUUUUCGUUUUACUCAAAAUUUCUGCGAAGAACAGGAAAAAAAUAUAUAAGAAAAUAAUGAAUGUGCCGAAGAGUAUGAAGUGUUGUGUGCAUCUGCUCCGUCAGCGCGGCUGGAUCCGAAGUGCCCAACACCUGGGCACGGGCAAUGCUGUGCGUAAUUAUCGCAUGGAUGACAAGGGGUGGGUCGGGGAUGAGGACUCGGAGGUGCAACGAGUUUACGGGGAGGAGAAUACCUUCGAUCCACGCUACAAUGAUCGUCACUAUAAGAUCUAUCGACGUCAUGAAAUGACCACCUUUCAGGACUCGGACGCAAGGCGCCGACGCAUCGUGCACGACGCCGAGGAGCAUCAGCGUCGCCAGGAGCGCAUUCUGCUCGAUAAUAAGAAUCGCUGGGAACAGCGCACCGAACCCAAAUCACCGGCGAUGCUCAACUAUGAGCACAAGUAUCUGAUUGAGGGCAAAAGCAGGAAGCACCGCCAACGCCAGACCGAGGAGGAAAGGAUCGCCGAGGAGUACAGUCGCCAGCGGCGCUAUAAACGCCUCAGCGAGGUGAAGCGUCAGGCGCGCGAGCUACGUGAAUCACGCAAGGGCUACAAGCUGCCCAAGCCACAGUUGAAUCGAUUACCCGCAAUCAGGUCAGCCAACGAAAAGUGGUUGGAGCAGCGUGCGGUCGAAGAUGAGGCAAAAUAUUGGCAUACGUGGACCACCUGUCCGAAUGAGCGACGCUGCCGAGAGACAGCGGCGGCCAACGAUGCUGAUGAUGCCGCCCCGGGUGACCGAACGAUAAAUCGACGUACUGGUUUUGUGCAACCCAAAGUGCCGUACGACAGUAGCGUGCGUCGCUAUCAAACCGACUCCCAACAGCUGGCGAAGGCGCACAGCAGCCAGCCAACACCAUCGCUGGCACCACCUGGCUACACAACCGGUGAUCUAACCCACAAUCGCCGUCGCCCCACCGGCAUCGAGAAGCAAUAUCGCAGAUCUCUGAAUUGGGGGGCGGCGUCGGCAGCCUAUCGUCUACCCAUAUCCCGGUUGAAAUACCCAACGCGAAAAUUUGCGCGUUUCGUCCGUCCGAAGGGAGCUCGGAAAAGUGUGCAGCCGCCACGUUAUCGAUUGUCCAUCAGGGCGAAUCGACUGCAGCGUCAACGUACGCCCAUCGAUAGCUUCUCCCGUACACUGGCCGUGAGCACUCGCUAUACGCCGUACACUGAAUAUACCGGCUAUGCCCGACAGACCGUCUGCGAUAUGUGGCAAAAUUUUACAGCGGCCCACAAUGUCAGGCCCAUCGAAAUUCCCGAGUGUAAAUAAGGUUUACCGAUAAUUCUAAAUUGGUGACUACCGGCUGAAAUACGAAUACAAAAAUUAUCUUGAUAAUAUAUAUACAUAUAUUUAUAUAUAUAUACAAACCUGGAUCAGAUGAUCGUCGUUAUGGACAACUGCCGUAUCUCUUUUCUCCGGCAUUAUCUUAUGAAAUUCAUCACACACGUUUUGAAUAAAGCUAAUCAUUUUUUAUACAAUGGACGUGGAAGUUCCAAACCUUUCAAUGCCAUGACUACUCUCAAAAGUUAAA